AACGGAGUUAUCUUUCCUUGACAUGGCUUCCCUCAACAAAUUUUUGUGAUUUUUGGACGAAAACCGAAGGAAAUCUCUUGAAAAAGCUUCUCAUGGACGGCAGCCGGGCGAUGUUUCACUUUCUAACCCUCGUACUGCACUUAGUCGGAGACAGUAAGACGGUUGUGGCACAAAAAUGGUUGUGGAGGGACAUACCCAACUACAUCGACCAAGGCUACUUGGAUUAUCACCCCGGGCCCCGGUCAGGCAGCUCUGCAUGGGGAGACAGCAAUGGAACCCUUUGGCUGUUUGGUGGACACACGUUCUGGGACAUUCAGUCGGACCGUGACCCCGUGUUGCUGAAUGACCUCUGGAUACACCAUACCAAGGAAAACAUCUGGAAACUCACCCAUUCAGGCUGGCAAAACAGAGCAGCACAGGCCCCUCCGUUUCUCGAUGCACCGAAACCUCGCUACGGUUCUGUUUCGUGUGGGCUCCCAGGGGUGCUGUUUGCUGUCUACGGUGGGGCCGAGGAGAGCGGGCAAGUACUUAAUGACACUUGGGUGUUCUACCAGAAACGAAAACGGUGGAUUAAUCUGAACAGGGUCCAACAGGAUUCAACCAGUUCGCCUCCCUCUCGAAGGUCAUCUGCUGUCUGGUGUUUAAAUGAUCGCAUGAUCAUGUUUGGUGGCCGUGAUCAGAGCUCACUGCUCUCUGAUAUGUGGACCUUCUCACUAGAAAGCCUUGCUUGGUCCCCAGUGCUGCCAUCAUUGGGGCCAGGGAGGCAUUCACAUCUGCCAAAGGCACGCAGUGAUGCCACGACAUGGGUUGGCCGUGGAAACAACAACGAGCUCUACAUGUUUGGUGGGAACACAGUCGACCCCUUCACGCAUCGCAAGCUGAAGAAUGCUGGUUACACAUCAGACCUGUGGAUGUUUUCUCUGGACAAUGGAACGUGGUCCUGUUUGUCCGGCUGCCUCAAUGUUCCUGCAUCUGGCUCUCGGUCAAAAUUUGCUGCAUCCAGAUCCAGCGGCUUGGACACCGUUCCUAGAAGAUACUUGAACUGUCUAUCAUCAAAAAAUGUCCCGGAUUGCCGUGGUAAAAGUGCCGGGUGGACAGACUCAAAGGGCAACUUGUGGCUUUUUGGGGGUGAAGGCAACAAAAUGCGAGGGAACGUCGGAAGAGAAGGGGUUAGUGGCCCCUACGAAAAUAUCGCACAACAGAAACAGAAGAGAGAGAGAAUGAGGGAGGUGGAUGUGCCCCUCUCUGACCUCUGGCUCUUUGAUACACGGAACUUGACCUGGAAGUUGAUGUCCUCGUCCAGUACCAACAAUUGGACGAAGAGUAGAGUCAGAGGAGGAAGAGGAGGCGUGGAAUACACGCGUCUCUCGCCAGGUUCCAGCCGCAAUGACAUAGAGAGUCGCCUACAGCAGUAUCAGAGUCCACUUGGACGCUACGACAGUGUCCAGUGGUCACUGGAUGACAACUUCUUCCUGUUCGGUGGUGUUGGUCCGACAGCUGGUCGUGGGGGAAACGAGAGUGGCUACCUUGAUGACCAGUGGGUACUGAACGUGAGCUAUGGCCAGCUGGUGCCAACUGUGCUCACCCCGGUGGUCAUCUUCUUGUUCUGUCUGGCCACGGUGUCAGCUGUCGUUCUCAUCUUCUGCCUCAAUGUGUCGAUGCAGCGGUGGUGCUGCUCUGGGGUGAGCGGCAGCGGUGGAGGGUCUGGAGGAUUCCCUCGCUCCCGGCUCGGCAAUCCUGAUGGCCGGGACUACAAAAUAAAAUAUUCUCCACUGACCGAGACAGCGACCUUCGACACGUGACGUUUGUGAUUGUGGGGUGGUGGUGGUGGUGGUGGUGGUGGUGAGGGGGACACCGCAUUCAGCCGAGCGAGCUGUUGCUGGGGGAGGGGAUGGGGUGUUAAUGGGGGGUGGGCAUGGGCGAGUGGGCAUAGUUUGAUCAGUAGUAGUUAACUGGAUAAUGUUGUGAGUGGACUUGGCAGUGUGUCUGGAGUCGGUGGGUGAGACUGGAGUUAUAUCUGGGGCAGAAAAACUGGAACGGUUCCCCUGGUGUCUGGUCUGGUUUUGCUAUGUCCCCUGCUGGAUUCACAUCAGCUUAAACACAUUAUAUAUACAUAUAUAUACAUACAUACAUAUAUAUAUAUAUAUAUAUAUAUAUAUAUUGUAUGUAUAUAUAUAUAUAUAGAUGCAAAUGUCUCCUUUACCAUAAACAUAAUCAGACUAACACCUGGGGUCAACUGAGUUUCUUAAUGCAGGUGUCAUCUCCUGCCCCCACUAUUUUCCCUCUCUCUCUCUCUCUCUCUCUCUCUCUUACCCUCCAACUACUUCACCAACAGCUGCAAUGGCUGAGGGAGUCCCGGAUAGCUGGUCUGCAGCCAGUGGAUCAACCCACUCAAACUAGUUGAACCAGGUAUCCCCUGAUAUCGUGAAUAGGGUUAUCAUUAUAUCGUGAUAUUUUUAGGACAAUAAAUAUCCUCUAAUCUUUUCUUAAA